AUGUCUUUGCCUACAGUUUGUGGACAAGCUCCACUUAACACCAAGAUCGUAGGAGGCGAGGACGCUCCUGCGGGAGCGUGGCCCUGGCAGGUCAGUCUGCAAACAUCUGGUCGCCACUUCUGUGGAGGCUCCCUGAUCAACAAUGAAUGGAUCCUGACUGCUGCCCACUGUUUCCGCGACCCCGUAUCACAACUGACCGUUCGCCUCGGAUACAAGUCGCUGCAAAGCAUUAACACUAACGGGGUCUCCCGGUCAGUGUCACAGAUAAUCAGACAUCCACAAUACAACUCCGUCUCCCAGAACAAUGACAUCGCGCUGCUGCGGCUGUCCUCAACUGUUCAGUUCACGGACUACAUCCGACCCGUGUGUCUGGCGGAGGUGGGCAGCGACUUCCCUGCAGAGACGACCACCUGGGUCACCGGCUGGGGCAACAUCCGAGAGGGCGGUCCCCUUCCUUUCCCUGGGACUCUACAGGAGGUGAGCAUCCCUAUCGUGUCCAACACCGACUGUAACAAUGCCUACAAAGGUGGAAUCACAAGCAAUAUGAUCUGUGCCGGCGUGGCUCGGGGAGGAAAGGACUCCUGCCAGGGUGACUCUGGAGGCCCCCUGGUGGUUAAACACGGCUCCGUUUGGGUCCAGGCUGGAAUAGUGAGCUUUGGGGAUGGCUGCGCUAAGCCCAAUGUCCCAGGAGUCUACGCUCGGGUAUCACAGUACCAGUCCUGGAUCAACAGCCAGAUCACCUCCAACCUGCCGGGCUUCACCUUUGUACCCUCCUCGGCUCACUUCAUCUACCCCUCAGUUCCUCUGCUGCUCUCCAUCCUCCCCGUCCUCUUCUCUCUCUUUGUCCUCUCAUAGGAACGCAUCAUUUCUGCUGAUAUCACUGGAAAAACUGUAUUUUCAUCAUCAGACAACAGAAAAAUGUUCCCUAACAUUAGAGAA